UGGUGAGUGUGAGUUGGCGUGUGUGUAUGAGUGUGUGUAAGUGCGUGCAUGAGUAAGAGUGUGGGAGUGUCAGUGUGUGUGUGUGGGAGUGUUAGUGUGAGUGUGUGCGGGAGUGUCAGUGAGCGUGAGGGAGUGUGUGUGUGUGUGUGAGAGUGAUGUGCACACUGACUGCAUUCCAGCGAGUCUAUGUUCACACACAGUGCAGGCAGCGUGCAGCUGGUGUAGGUGAGGCUGCAGGGUGGGAGGUGAUGAGGCCGGCGUACUGCAUGGCAAAUGCAGCGUUCAUUUAUAUAACUGGAGCUGGUGCAUUCCUGAGACUAGGGACUCUGACCAAAAACCCUUCAGCAAAUUCCACUCUACAAUGUAAUUCUUUCAGAAGUUGAUGAUACUGAGGCCAGUUAUGCCUUGUUUGCAAACUAUGUCCUAAAUAAAGUGAGAUUGAUAAACAGAUCCACAGCAAAGACUCUGUCUUCUUUUGCGAUGGAAUUAGAAGGAUUGACUUCAUUCUGUCGUACGUGGACGACCCUAAAGAUGCAGACAAGAAAACGGAAAGAAGAAAAGAGUUUGAAGACAAUUUGCUGAAGACGGGCCUCGAGCUGGAAACUGAAAAUAAAGAUGAUUCGGAAGAUGGUAAAACCUACUUUGUGAAGGUCCAUGCCCCCUGGGAUGUUCUGGCCAUGUACGCGGAGGUCAUGCACAUUAAAGUGCCCAUUAAGGAGAACGAUAUUCCACAAGCGAGGGAGAAUCCAUUUGACCGGUUGCUGAAGCCAUUUCGCCUGGACCCGGCGAUCAUCAGCCCAGAGCCAGAUUAUUUCACAGCGCCGUUCAGUAAACAGCGACAGGAGCUCUACUUGAUCAAUAACCCAGAGACCUUCUUCUCGCCUUCAACCCGCAACAGAAUUGUUUAUUACAUUCUUUCCCGAUGCAAAUACACAACUGAAGAUGGCAAGAGGAAACUGGGGAUUAAGAGGCUGCUGAACAAUGGAACCUACACCGCUGCGUAUCCGCUUCACGACUGUAGAUACUGGAAGAAGUCCCAUGACUCAAAGAGUGAUAAUGAACGAUACAUAUUAUACAAGCGAUGGGCUCGUUUUGGACAAUUCUACAAGGAGCAGCCUCUUAACCUCAUCAGAAAAUAUUACGGGGAGAAGAUUGGAAUAUAUUUUGCGUGGCUUGGAUUCUACACGGAAAUGUUGGGAAUCGCUGGUGCAGUUGGCUUCCUCUGUUUUUUGUACGGCUGCAUAACCAAGGAUGGAAAUGUGUGGAGUGAUGAAAUCUGUGAUGCGGAGAUCGGAGGCAAGAUAAUUAUGUGUCCACUCUGUGACGGCUGUGACUUCUGGAGAUUGAACAUAACCUGUCAGUCAACCAAGAAUUCUCACUUGUUUGAUAACGCAGCUACCUUGUUCUUCGCAGUUUUUAUGGGUAUCUGGGUGACUCUGUUUCUGGAGCUGUGGAAGCGGCGACAAGCCAAGCUGGAGUACGAGUGGGACUUGGUGGACUUUGAAGAGGAGCAGCAGCAGCUCCAGAUCCGCCCUGAAUAUGAAGCAAAGUGUAGUCACCACAAGAAAAACCCUGUCACUCAGGAACUUGAGCCUUAUAUACCGUUAUCGAACCAAGCGUUCCGCUGUGUUUUGUCAGGAGCUACGGUCUUGUUUUGGAUCUUUCUAAUCCUGAUCUGUAUCAUUGCGGUGAUCGUGUAUCGGCUGUCCAUGUACGCCUCCUUCGCCAAGAUCACGGGGAGCAUGAAGAAUGUGAAGUACAUCGGCACCUUGUUCACCCCGCAGAUGGUGACCAGCGUCACUGCCUCCAUCCUCAACUUCAUCAUCAUCAUGAUCCUCAACUACUUCUACGAGAGGGUGGCCAUCUGGAUCACCGACCUGGAGAUCCCCAAGACUCACUUUGAGUACGAGAACCGGCUAACGAUGAAGAUGUUCCUCUUCCAGUUUGUCAACUACUACUCUUCCUGUUUCUAUGUCGCCUUCUUCAAGGGCAAGUUCCUGGGCUACCCUGGAAAGUACAACUUCCUAUUCGGUUCGUGGAGGAGUGAGGAGUGUGACCCUGGUGGCUGUCUGAUCGAGUUGACCACCCAGUUGACCAUCAUCAUGGCAGGAAAACAAAUUUGGGGUAACAUGCAGGAGUCACUUUUGCCCUGGAUUAAGAACUGGUGGGUGAGCCGGAAAGCCAGGCACCAUCCGGAGCGUCUGUACUCACGCUGGGAACAAGACCAUGACUUGCAGGACAUGGGCCAGUUUGGCCUCUUCUAUGAAUAUCUGGAGAUGGUGAUCCAGUUUGGGUUUGUGACGCUAUUUGUUGCCUCGUUUCCUCUGGCUCCCGUCCUCGCGCUGCUGAACAACAUCAUCGAGAUCCGCGUGGACGCAUGGAAGUUCAUCACGCAGUUCCGGAGGCCAAUGGCAGCCAAGGCCCACAGUAUCGGGAUAUGGCAACAAAUACUCAACAGUGUGGCCAUCGUCUCUGUCGUCAUUAACGCUUUCAUCGUGGCUUUCACAUCCGAUAUGAUCCCACGCCUGGUGUACAAGUAUGCCUAUUCGGAAAAUCUUGAACACCCAAUGAAAGGAUACAUCAACAACAGCCUGUCGAUCGCCAGCACCUCCGUCUUAGAUGUCAAGUCAUCGUACAACGGCAACAUCACAUCUUGCAGGUAUAAGGAUUAUCGCUACCCCCCUGGCCACAGCUUUGAAUACAGACACAACAUGCAAUUCUGGCACAUUCUGGCUGCAAAAAUGGCCUUCAUCAUCAUCAUGGAGCACGUCGUCUUCCUGGUGAAAUUUUCCAUCGCGGCUUUGAUUCCCGACGUUCCAAGCGAGGUGAAGGCCCGGAUCAAGCGGGAGAAGUAUCUGACGCAGAAGAUUCUUCACGAGUACGAGCUGAACAAACUGCGGGAGACACUGGCGGGCAAGGAGAACGUGGUGGUGAACAAGGAGAUGUCGGCGCAUGCGGAGAAAGUGGAACUCUUGAGCGAGGAGCUCUAGUCCACGCUGUCGCCUGAUGUGGGGGGGAAAACCAAGAACGUUUCAGGUUUUUUUUUGGGGGGGAAUAAAUCAAUUUAUUUGAUUCUUCCACAAGGAACAAGAUGGGGAGGAGACAUCAAUUGCGUCUCCGCUAAUCACGAUAUCGCUGACACAGCUACCGUCCGGAAAACUGUAUCCUUGGCGAGGAGGCAGUUUCACUGUGUCCGCCAUACUGGGCUUCUGUCGAAACUGACCGACCGACCGACCGCUCACAGUUUCCACUAUCUUCGUUAUUUGCCUUUCCUCUGAGACAGAGGACGCUUUGAAUGUGAAUGGACCCUAUUCCCGAAUGUUGCCACUCCAGGAGAGUUUGGGUAUAACCAUCAGGAAGAGUUUGGGUAUAACCAUCAGGAAGAAGGUGAAGUUAUAGGACACCAAGUAUAAUUUGACCAUGUAUUAGAAUCAUGAUGCAAAUCUGUGGAUGGAAUGUAAUUUAUCAUCUGUUUAGAUAAUCACUUGAUCUUUGUUUUUUCUCUUUGUUUCUCUACUUAAACCAUCUUUCUGCUACUUCUCUGUUUUGCCUUUUAUUUUCUUCCUCCCAUAACUUGCCUGCAUAAUUUUUUUCACUAUGAAUACUUGAGCCAUUCCUUUCGUCGCCAUGUUAAAACACAGCGGAAAUCUUACAUGGGGUUAGGUCAACUAAGAUGGGAAAUAACUGCUGUAUUCUGGUGCCUAGUUUUCACUACUGAUCUCCUGUGAGCCAUCUGGCAUCUAAUUUUUUGGGGGCAAAAAUAAGUGCAAAAUAUAUAUUUUUUGUUUAAAAUGCACACAGAUCUUAACCCGUCUAAUAAUAUUUUUUGCACUCUCCGAACAUUAGCACAUUGGGGUUAAUCAAUGUCUGCAAAUCACCAAUGUUCGUAAGUUUCUAAGUUCAUAAAUGAUAGGAGCAGAAUUGGGCCAUUCAGCCCAUCGAGUCUACUCAGCCAUUCAGUCAUUAGCUGAUCAAUUUAUGGUCAGAGUCAUAGUGACACAGUGUGGAAACAGGCCCAACUUGCACAUACUGGCCAACCUGUCCCAGCUACACUAGUCCCACCUGCCUGCGUUUGGCCCAUAUCCCUCCAAACCUGUCCUAUCCAUGUACCUGUCUACUUGUCUCUUAAACGUGGGGAUAGUCCCUGCCUCAACUACCUCCUCUGGUAGAGGAACAUCAAAGGCAUUGCAAGUUUGCCCAUUACUUGUACAAAUCCAAGAAGACUACUGAUUUAAAAAUAGUUCCCGAAGUACAAGGGGUUGUGAUCUUGUAGGGAAUAGGACCAUUUCUAUGUGUUGGAAGGAACUGCAGAUGCUGGUUUAAACCGAAGAUAGACACAAAAUGCUGGAGUAACUCAGCGGGACAGGCAUCAUUCCUUCUCUCCAGAGAUGCUGCCCGUCCCGCUGAGUUCAGCAUUUUGUGUCUCUCUUCAGGACCAUUUCUGUGUUGGAACCAAGGAAUUAAAUCCAGCAAGAUUUAAGAUGUGUAUCAAGCUUUUCCCAUUGCUUGCUCUAGCAAUAAUAAUCAUGGCUUGACAAAGUAAAGUGGGCACACAGUCUCCUGACGCGGGUAUCUGUCGUUGAAGUCUCCAGUCCGGACACACGCACUUCUGCACACAAUUUACUGCUUCCUGUGUGACUAGCACUGAAUUUAAUACAAAUCUGUGUUUAUUUAGUAUCUGGUAUUAAACCAAAUUUUAAAAAAAUCACAAAAUAAUUCUCAAACUGGCCAUGGAAUCGCUAAAUGCAACUUAAAAAAAAUAAUUUUAAGGUGUUGAAGUUGUACUGAAGUAGACAGUGAGGGUUGGAAAGAAGUUAGAAAAUAGAAAAUAGGAGGAGGCCAUUCGGCCCUUCGAGGUCCAAAUGAAAUGCCGUUUCUGCAGCCAUACAUUACAAACAAAUAGACCCCAGACACAACAUAAUUUACAUUUUACAUAAACAUCCAUCACAUUGCUGUGAUGGAAGGCCAAAAAAAACUUAUCAUGGCUGAUCAUCCCCAAUCAAUAACACGUGCCUGCCUUCUCCCCCGUAUCCCUUGAUUCCACUAGCCGCUAGAGCUCUAUCUAACGCAAAUUCUAUUGAACUUGAGCUGAGGUGAAGCAGUGAUUUAUUGAUACUUUGUAGUCACAUGUGCCGAGGUACAGUGAAGUUAAUUGUUUUGGAUACAACCUGGUAAAAUCACACGGCGGACUUCACUGAGGCAGUAGACAGCAGUCAAAGUUACAAGAAGUUCACUGAAUAAUCCUAUAUUCUGCCUGCUACCCUACAUCAUUUUGUACACCUCUAUAAGAUCACCACUCAUCCUCCUGCGCUCCAAAGAAUAAAGCACGAGCUAUAUUGUGAGCAAUUGUGGCCACCAUGUCUGUGGAAGGAUGUGCCGGCUCUGGAGAGGGUCCAGAGGAGGUUUACAAGAAUGAUCCCAGGAAUGAGUGGGUUUACCUAUGAUGAGCGUUUGUCGGCACUGGGCCUGUACUCGCUGGAGUUUAGAAGAAUGAGGGUGAGACCUGCAGAAUUGAAACUUGCAGAAUAGUGAAAGGCUUGGAUACAGUGGAUGUGGAGAGGAUGCUUCCACUAGUGGGAGAGCCCAAGACCAGAGGUCACAGCUUCAGAAUUAAAGGAUGUUCUUUUAGGAAGAAGAUGAGGAGGAAUUUCUUUCGUCAGAGGGUGGUGAAUCUGUGGAAUUCUUUGCCUUGGAGGCCAAGUCAGUGGAUAUAUUGAAGGCAGAUAUUGAUAGAUUUUUGAUUAGUACGUGUGUCAGGGGUUAUGGGAAGAAAGUAGACAAAAGUGCUGGAGAAACACAGCGGGUGCGGCAGCAUCUAUGGAACGAAGGAAAUAGGCAACGUUUCAGGCCGAAACCCUUCUGGAGAAUGGGGUUAGGAGGGAGAGAUAGAUCAGCCAUGAUUGAAUGGCAGAGUAGACUUGAUGGGCCGAAUGGCCUAAUUCUACUCCUAUCACUUAUGAUCUUUAACUUUUCUAUUAACACCGCCUCCACUCCUUUCCUAUCCCACUUCACCCCACUCGAUCAACAGCUUCCAGUUUGAGAACUAUCUCUAUGUCCUAUUGUCCUGAAAGUGGAAGAAACUUGAAUAAAGACAUGUGUAAUUUAAACAAACAAAUGGAAGGCCAAUCUAAUGUGCCUGAUUGCUGAAUGUAGUUUUAGGGGCCCUAACAAUGGUCACAUCCUAGCUUUAACAUUCUUUUAAGAAUGAUUUGAAAGAGGUUCCAACAUCUGGAAAAAAAUAUUGGUGACAUUCUACCUAAAAUGGUCAGCUUCUCGACUGAGAACUCAUUAGCUUUUCUGCUUGGG